AUGCAUAAUAACCAUCAGCAACAUGUUCGGCGAACACAAGCGGAUUCUAAUGUGUCAGUUAAUAUAUGAAUUAAUUACACUCACUUCUAUCUAUUACAGAAGGCGUGCAGAUUUUUUGAGCAGACCACGCUUCUCUAAUACUCUCCCGGAUAUGCCGUUUGAAGGAAAGUUUAUGGGAUGCCCUUUCGUUCCGCUUGAUAGGUUGGUUUUAGUGGUUUACGUGUUCAAACAUGGGUCGUGGUUUAAAUAAAAUAGGCUGAAAAUGAUCGGAAAUUCUUUGAAUUCCUUUUCUUUUAUCCUGAAAGUAAUUUCAAAGUGAUAAUUUUUUUUUGAGGUUCGUGAAUUACACCACUUCAUCUCUCGAAAAGGAAUACAAGCGCGAUGUUUUGUGCGACGACGAUAUGGGAAUUCAAAUAAACCUAGUUGACUUCGACAAGUACACCGUUCGAGAAAACGAAGUUGGUUCCUCGAUCUCUCUCCAACUACAUAUUUCGAUUUCAGCCGGAAGAACAGGAUGAUAGGGAUAAAAUGCUUCUCGAUGACGAUCUCGCUAAGGCUAUCAACCACAAGAGGUGAUCUUAAAUGUGUUAGAAUUUUUGACGUGAUAGUUUCUAGGUCUGCUCAACAUUCGCGGCUAGUUCCGUGGAUGAGGAAAACAGAAUACAUUUCGACUGAGUUCAACCGACUUGGUGUUGCUGCUGACAGGUCAUUUUUCAUUCAUAAGCUAUUGAUCAGCGUUUUUUUUUUCAGACAAGAAACAAAACUCGGCUACAAUCUGAAGAAGAACAAUCAUGACGCCGGCGAGAUGUAUCGCGAUCAUCAAAGUCAAAUCGACGCUAUUACCAAAACAUUCGAAGAUGUGAGUUUUAUGAGUUUCCUUCUCGAAUCUAUAUUGUUUCCAGGUCAAAAAACCGAUUAAGGCGCAUUACAGCAAGAAGGGUGUUACACCACUUGAAGAGCUCCCUAUUUUCCCCGAUUUCGAGGUUUUUAUGAGUUCUUUAGUAUUAGAAAAAGGAAAAAAAAAAGAAUGAACACAGGUAAAAAAGCUUUCAUAAAACUUUAUAAAAUUUGAGUAUUCUUUUUUUCAUUUUUCUAAAGUUUUUUUGUCGUCAAAAAGAACUUCAGAAUUGGAAAUGGUCGUUUGCUCAAGCGACUUUCGAUGGAGACACGGCGCCUAGUACUCAAGUGAGCCCUGAGAUGAGAAGAUUCAGCCUCGAGAACAGUCUGCUGAGGUCGGUCCUCUCAUUCUCUUCGGCAUUGUCUUUUUUUGCAGGGGAUUGCAGGACAACAGUAUGACACAGUUUGCCGUUCAUUAUUCGCCGUCUGUCGAAACUCUCCAGAAAAUUUUGGAAGAUCGCGAGGCUGGAAUUCCAUACACCGAAGAUCACGUGUAUGAUUAUCGUGCUGAAUUUUUUCUCGUGAAAAAAAAAUAUUCCGUUCAGCACAUGGCUUAAAAACAAAAAUAUUUGAUUAUAUGAUUGGUUUUGAGUUCUUUUUUUCAUCAACUAUUUUUUCUGAAACAUAAAAAAACAGAUUCAAAAUUUUGAAAAAAAAGAAAGGAUUUGCAGAUACGAAAUGAUAAUGAAUCGUGAGUACGAGUGGAAGGUGGAAAGUAGGGCCGCGAAUGAAAACGUGAGAUUAUCUGUUUUUUAUUUUGCUAAAGAUAUGUUUACAGGAGAACUUGGCGAUUACCUUCAAAAACGGAGCAGUGGCCUAUUCAGAAAUCGGGAUGCUGAUUCGUCUGAACCGUCGAAGAAAAAGCGCUUUAAAUAAGGUUUUUUGAAGGAGUAAAAGACUUAUUCAAAUUCUUUUGAAAAAAUUGUAAAAACUUCUCGCACAUAACUCUGGUAACUAUGACUUUCAAAUCCUAGAUAUUUUCAGAAGUCGACUGUGUUGUUGAGGUUCCGCGAUCCGAAUGAUCGAGAGCUGGCCUUAAGAGAGCAGCGACAGUUCAAUUUCCUUCAGUCUCAGAAGAGCAAUAAAGACGAGAUGAACGGCGACAGAGAAGAGCAAGAACAAGAAGAUGAAGAAGAAGGAGGAGAAGAAGAAGAAACGAGAGAAGGUAACGUCUUUCCGCGACUAGCCGGCUGCAAAGACCUCUUUCAGCAGCGGAAAGCGACGCCGAAGAGGCGGCCAGCGACCGCGACAGCGACGACAGCGAGCCUCGCAACAAACGCAAGCGCAGCAAUGACAGCGACGUUAGUUUUUAUUUUCGAAAGAAGUAUAAGUGAGAAGUUAAAUAGGAGUUGUGUACAUAUUUGAACCCAAAAGCUAUAUCCCGUUUGCAUCAAUAACUUGUCAGGAUUGUGAACGUUAAGAAUGAAUUCCAUCAAAAGCUCGUUCGACUUGAACUUGAGAACUUAAACAAGAGAAUCAUUUCCAGUUUAUCAAUCUAAUAGUAACUGAGUUCAGCGGGUGGUCAUAUGAGGCCCUCGCAAUGAUCUAAAGACUCAUAUUUGCGGUCCACAGAACAUGAUUUUCCUAUUAUUUUUCAUAUUGGAUUGGAAAAAAUGAACGAACUCAAAAAAGUGUUUCAGGAUUCGGGCUCGAAAGACGCCUCAAGUGAUGAGAGUGAUGGUUAAAAUUACUCAGAGAGAAGAAAAUUUGGUUCGAAAUUGUGAAGUUGCUGGGAAGCCACCGAGCGCCACUUUUGUAUGUUUUGAUCGUUUGCAAAGUUUUCUGUACGAAAAUAAUAAAUUGUAUGAACUUGAAUGAUGGAUGGAUCUGUCGUGACUUUGAAAAAUUAUCAAGUGGACGAUGGUUUCUUGCCAGAUAAGCGUUUCACAUGCUUUAGUGCAUUAUUGGUUUUUCUGUGCGGCAGUCACCGCCAGACGUUAUCAACUAUGUGAUUUUAUCUUUUUUUUUUUUCGAAAGAAACAAGUGUAAUCAGUUUCGCUGCGUUGGUUCAAUCAAGGAUCCUUUGAUCCUCAAAAAUCCUUGACAGCAUUCAAGUGUUUCUGUUUCCGUAGAAAUGGGUGUUUUUUUCAAAAGCAUUUAGAUAUAAAAAAACUUCAAUUUUUUUAAAUGUAAAAUUUGCCGAUUUUAAUUUUUCUAAUAAAUUUGAGAAUUCCUGCAGUAAUUUAAUGUAUUUCUUCUUUACGACUCUAAGAAACUAGAUAAUUAAAUCGUUGAAUGGGAGAAAUAUCGGCUUGAAGAGUCAUUUGUAAGCCUGCUCGCCGAGUUGUUUGUAGGCUCAUGGAGCACACAAAACUGGGAGAAUCGCGCGGCUUGCCUCUUUGCACUCGCUGCCGACAGAUCACAGCACGUACGUGUGUGUUCUGAACGCGUCUGCUCCUGGCUUCCGGACCGGUCGUUCCGGAAUCCGCAGUUGACAGCGCUCGCAGUCGGCCAAGCAUUACUCUCAGCCAUGCGCCACCAUAAGACCUACUCCGUUCAGUCUCCUCCAUUUCAUGUUCAGUAG